GUGCACUUUAGCACCCGCGCUGAACUCUCCGUUAAAACUUAAACUGGGAAAUCGAUCCAGUAACGCGGAGACUGCAGUAAAAUAGUAACUUGAACACGUGAUCGUCGUUUGCAGUGUUAUUAUCUGUUGUGCGUUCAUAAACGCGAUCCUCACCCGUGCAUUAUAUUACGGUGUACUGAUCUUCAUAACAGAGAGAAGCGCGUGAAGGUGUCAGUGAUGUCAGACUGCGAGCCGCUCAGCAAGCGCCGGAGGCUGCCGGACUCCCAAUCACUGCAUCACCGGACUGAAGAUGCAGAAAAAACACAGAAACCAGCUCCUCCGUGCUCGGAUCAUCCUGAAGGUUCAGCGAAACUCCAGAAGAACCGAGCGAUGAGCAGCGGGACUCUGGACAGCUGGCUGCUGAAGAGCAGCCCUCAUCAUCAUCAUCAUCAUACCGAACCUGAGGAUUCACGGAAGCAGAAGUGUCCGGAGAGCACGUUAACCUCGGAGAAGAGUUCCGUGACCGAACCCAGACGAACCGGUUCCGCUCUGGUCUCAGAUGCUGCCGCGAACACAGGCACGCGCAAAAUCACCAACUUCUUCACCGAAGCUCCAGGGAAAGGCGCGUGCAGAAGGGCAGCGGCUGCAGCAGGGGCUGAUGGGAAGGCGUUCAGCGGUGACGUCACCGGGCUGGGUGUUCCUGUCGGUGACCUGAGGAGGGCGCCGGCGUGCAGUGGCCCGUUACCUGCCCUAAAACCCACCGACAGCCACACGGUCCUGAUCCGGACUGAUCUGCUGCGGCCCGGUGAAGUUCCAGAGCCGUAUCCGUCUCCACAUCAGCUGCAGGACCGCUGGGACGACACACACGUGAAACUACCCUGCUCCGAACACAACCUGUUCCCUGCGGACCGAACGACGGUCCAGAGCCGAUGGGAUUUGAUUCAUAAAGCGCUGAGUGUCCCGUUCAGCUCUGCUCAUGAUGUGAAGGAUGCCAUAUUGAAAUAUAAUACGGGCAAAGCGAAGGGAUGGAACUUCACAGCACUGCAUGUGUACUGUAAGGGUCUGCAGGCGUCUGAAGCUCAGCAGAUGUUUGGAGAGCUGCUUCCAGCGAUGGCACAGCUGGCACUGAGAGCACCGCGCCUCCUCACACAGCCGAUCCCGCUGUUGAGGACGCAGCGCUGUCGAUCCCUCACACUGUCUCAGGAGCAGGUCUCCUGUCUGCUGGCAAACGCUUUCUUCUGCACCUUUCCUCGACGAAACGCUCAACGGACGGAGUUCAGCAACUAUCCUGACAUCAACUUCAGCAGGUUGUUUGAAGGUUCGUCCCAGAGUAAGCAGGAGAAACUCAAAACCCUCCUGUGGUACUUUAGACGGAUCACGCAGCAGAGGCCCGCCGGUCUCAUAACAUACACCAGACAGUGUCUGCAGCGUUUGCCCUCGUGGUCCAGUUCAGAAAAGCAGUUCAGCAAGCUUCGCAUCAGCUGUGAGGGAACCAUAGAAGAGCAGGGCUACGGCAUGCUGCAGGUGGACUUUGCCAACCGGUUCGUUGGGGGGGGAGUGACUGGAUCUGGUCUGGUUCAGGAGGAAAUCCGUUUCCUGAUAAACCCGGAGCUCAUUGCGGCUCGGCUCUUCACCGAAGCGCUGGAGGAUAACGAGUGUCUGAUCAUCACAGGUACAGAGCAGUUCAGCAGAUACUCGGGAUACUCCGAUACCUACCGGUGGGAUGGUAACCAUGACGACCAGAUGCCGAGGUGUGACGCGGAACAGCGAUGCACUGAGAUCGUGGCUAUAGACGCCCUGCAUUACAGAAACUUCCUGGAGCAGUUUCACCCUGAAUACAUGAGCAGAGAACUCAACAAGGCCUUCUGUGGGUUUGUUCGUCCUGGAGUCCAGACGGAGAAUCUGUCCACCGUCGCGACGGGGAACUGGGGCUGUGGAGCUUUCGGCGGAGACACGCGUCUGAAAGCUGUGCUGCAGAUGAUGGCGGCUGCGGAGGCGGAGCGUGAUCUGAUGUACUUCACGUUUGGUGACGCAGAUCUGCUCAGAGACAUCCAUCACAUACACACACUGUUCACAGACACACACGCCACCGUAGGAUCCGUGUUCAGUUUGCUGCUGCAGUAUUAUGAGUGUGUGUGUAAGAAAACUACAGGAGGCAAACCUCAGGAAACACUUUACUGCUUUCUCUCUGAGCACCUCUGACCUCUGACCCCAGCAGGGCUGUCCUGCACUCGGAUGUUACUGUAUGUGCCUCAAUAAAGCUGUUUUAAAUGUC